UUUUACUCAAAACUAGCUUGGGAGCUAGAGGAUUGCCUUAUUUGGUAAAGUUAAGGCACAAAACAACAGAGCGGGUGGUUACAAAACCAGGGAGGGGGUGGGCAGUUGGUUCACAACCCCCUCCCCAGAAACAAAAGUGAAACUUAGGCCCAGCUGGUGCUGAAGCUUUACUACAUUUACGGAGCCUAGCUUGCAUCUUAUGUGAGAAACUUCCACAUGUCCCAUACAUACCUGUUGCUACAUUUCGGUCAUGGUAACCUGGCUGUACAGUUGUGUCUAGCUUGACUGCACAUCUUUAAUUGCUUCUUUGGCAUUACUUCAGCAAACUAAGGGGCUAAAUAUAGAUCUCUUUGUUUUAUUUUCUGUUUCCAUAGAUUGCGAGCCAAACAUUGGCCAGUUGCUGGGAGGGGGGAAUUUGCCCAUUAGGGCUACUUAAUUUGGUUCUUAGCUCCUGUACUCUGUCUCCCUUCAUCAGAACAUUCUGGUGGAGGGACACCCUAUUCUCGAGCAUAGCCAAUUAAUUAACUUCCUGUUUCUCCUUGAAAAACCUCUAAGCGUGUUUUUUUCAUUUGAGUGGCAUCCCACACACCUAGAUCAAAUUACUUAACAUCUCAGGGAACCGGGAGGGCAAGGCAUGAGGGAGAGAAUUUGGAACUCAAAAUUCAAAAGAACUAGUUGUUUUUACAUGUAACUGAAAAAAAAAUUCAAGAAAAAAAAGCCCAAAUACUGAGAAAUACUAUGAUAUGGCAGAUAAUUUAAUUAAAUUUAUCACGUUAACUGUGUCUAAUAUGGGCAGAGUCCUUGCCUUCAAAGGGCUUACAGUCUAACGAUGGAACCAGGCAGAGCCGGAAAUCAUUCUCUUUGGAGGAGGGUAAAGGGAGCCCCAGACAAGAUGCAACGAGGGCUCCGGCCCCAGCUUUUUCUCCAGAGACCCACGUAUUUCGAUGUGGAAGGCCAAGGUUCCCAUUCUGCAGGCGAAGAACUGAGACGUGGAGAAGAAAGGCUAUGCCACUAAUGGGUGGCAGAGGCAGGACGUAAACCGAGGCUCUCCGCGCAACGGCUAUGGACAGGGCGGGAGCGAUACAGGAAGCGGCUGUCACGGAAUUGGAGGACACACGUGGUUUAGGGAGUCACGUGGAGGCCUGCAGAGGUUGUGCUUUGAACCUAGCGCAAUGGAGAGCCAGUGCAGGAGUGGGAGCAGGAAGGGAAGUGCUCAGACUCAUGACUUGGUAAAAUCACUGUGUGGAGAAACCGGAAGCACAUUCCCUUGGAGGUCCCGUCCAGCUCUAAAUGGACGAGCGACGCCUCCGGCCGCGCCCCAGCCCAAGCCGCCACUCCUCUUCCCUCCCCUCCUCCACUUGCAGCCCCGCCUCCGCGGCACACGCAGAGCGCUUUUAAAGCCCUCUCUGGCUCCGCCCCGCGUCGUCGUGCGUGUUCGUGCGUGCGCGUGACGUAAGCAUCUCCCUUGAGCCCUGGCUCCGCUGCGUCAGGGGCUCGCCCCCGAAGCUGCCCAGCCCGGUAAGAGAGAUAAAGAAACUGAGGCCCAGCGAGAUGAAGGGGCGCACGUGGGUGGAAACUGGCAGAACUUGAAUUCGAACCCAGGACCUCGGAUUCCAAAGUUAGAGCCUGUACUUCUCUACUGUUGUUUUGGAGGGAGGAAGAGCCCCUCCCCCCAAAAAAAAGGCAGCCCAUCCCACUUGGGCCCCGAAAUUCUCCCUGACAUCAAGCCGGUCUUGCUGCUACCCUCCUCUUCUCCCCACACUGUCCUGGGUUCCCCUUUUAGGACGAAGCUUCCCGACACCAUGGUCCAUGCAUUCCUGAUCCAUACGCUGAGUACCCAGGCCACUGGGGAUGCUGCCUUCUGCCGGGUGCUGUACUCUCGAGUAUUUGGGUCAGAGAGGUCACCAGAUGACCCCAGGCCCCGCGGUCCAGAGAGGGACAGGCUGCUCAGGAAGGAGCAGCUGUUGGCCGUGGCAAGACAGGCAGAGUCAGCAUGUAAGCUGCUGCAGCAGGCAUCUGGCCGACCUCCCAUGGAUCUGCUCCCCCAGUCCUCUGAUGAGCCCGUCGCCCUGCACGAUGCCCCCACGGGGGUCUUCCGCCUUCGGCCUGGGGACCCAUUCCAGGAGGCCAAGGUCGCCGUGUGGCUUGGGGUCCUGUCCCUGGGCUGUGUCUUGGUUUGCGAACCCCAUGAAAAUCUGCUGCUAGCUGAGAGCACCCUGCGUCUGCUCGCCCGCCUCCUCCUGGAUCACCUGAAGCUGCUUUCCUCGGGCAGCGACAUCCUCCUCAGAGCGGACCGCAUUGAGAUCAUCCUCAACCACUUCCUUCCGCAGGGCCAACUGCUCUUUCUCAAUGACCACUUUGUUCAGGGAUUGGAGAAAGAAUUGAGUGCUAGCUUGUCCAGGUGAGGGCCUCCCGUGAGCCAAGCAGGCCAGGCCUGGGGCCGAGAGGGGGCCCUGCUGAGGCAGGCCGUUCCACUCGGUUUGGGGUACGGAGGGUGACAUUGCAAGGAUUGACCGCCGGGUCUGGUUUGUCAGAAGAAGCGGUGGGACUGAGAACCCACAGCUCUCUGUUGCCCUUCACUCUGCUUCCUGAGGAAAGCUCUCCUCUCCGGCCCCAUGUAGGUCUUGGCUGGCUCAUUCCCCCUCAGGUUGUUCCACUCUGGGCUCGGGUUUGAUUGGAGAGACCGAAGCCACCAAAUGGUUCCUUUACUGUCUCCUGGAUACAAAUGCAGACACUGUCACAAGAUGACCAGCCGUGCAGCAUCAGUGAUGCCUUUUAGGCCCCUCUCCUGUGCAAGUCAUCAUGGGUAAUAGUAUGUUUCAGUCUUCUGUCCACUGGCAUAGCUUUACCUUGCUUUGAGUCAGCCUUCACUGUGGUUUUUAUGGCAAUACAAGGUUCUGGGAUUUCAAGCUAAGAGAAUACUGGUCUGAAGAAGGUAACUGGGUCAUGCAUCCUGUAUUGUACCUCCCAGAAAUACUUUUAGGGUGGGAUCACCCAAUAAUUUUCUAAAUUACACCUGUAGAAGAGGUCCAUUGGGACGAAUUCCCAGGGGUGACUUCUCCUAUCGCUUUCAGGCCGUAGCAUGGGCUGACUGUAAGGUCUGGCCAGUGGUAGAAGGGAGAUAAUAGUUUUGGAGACCAUAGUUUUUACCACUUGAGUUUGUCUAACCUUGUAUUUUGUUUAUACUUACUUGUGUACAUGUUGUAUUCUCUGAUAAAAUGUAAGCUCCCAGA